GUUGGGCUUAAACAUUCUUACACCCUUACAUAUUUUUAUAUUUAUAUAUAAAUACGUACUGCAAACUUAUAUAGGGCCAGGCCGCACAUUUAUUUACGAGCAUGCAACUGUCCAAAGGCAGUUGGUAGAUUAGCAGCGAACGGAGCAGCCAUUCAAUUUAUUGCCAUGGUCGAUGAGACGAAGAAAGAAAAACCUGAUCCCACGCCAGACGCCCCGGAAAACCCACAGAAUGCUGCCACAGAAUAUGGGCUCGAGGAACAUGAGGCCACCUCUUGGGAUCCGCGGGUGCACGAGCUAAAGAACCAACGUUCGAUGAACCGGCGUACAUCGUCACCAGCCAAAGUGUAUGGCACCCCAAAGGCUGUUUCCACAGACCCAAGCACAUCGAAACUAAAUCAAAUUCAACAAGGUCCCACACCCCCAAAAGCGACUGUCGAUAACACUCAACAAGUUUCGAAUCCUCAAACUCCCGCGACCGAAGUUGUGUUUGCAGAGCCGGCAAAGGUACCCGAUGAAGUAUCUCGAGUUGAAUUAGCUCAAGAGACGCCUCAAAAAGUCUUCGUUUACAAUCCACCGCCAGCGAUGGUGGAAAAGAAAAUCUUCAAAGAAAAGACCUUGGGAGUAACAAAGACUACCAAUACGGAUGUUACUUUCAAUCCAUCGAAAGAGUAUGCAUCGAAGACAACAAACACCUCGGGCUUUGAUUGUGUGUGUCCACCAGGAGCAGCAGUAGUACCAGCAGCAGAACCCGCACCAGUGGCAGAGCCGACGCCGGUUCCUAGCAAAGCUGGAGGGGAAAUGGAUGAUAUUUUCGAAUUUGCGGUUUACUUAGUCAGGAAGUCAGGAGCGACUGCCUUGUCAUACAACAAGCAACGCACUGCGAGUAAUCAAAAGGAUAAUGAGUGCGUUCAGAGCAUGCAGACCGCCAUUGAAAUUGAGCAAGCAAUGAUCAAAGAAAUUUCCGAAAAGCAUCCAACUCACAUGAUAAUAGCUGCGGAGGCGGUAAAUAAGUUGCCUACCAAAAAAGUGACCCUUACCAAUGAUAUCACCUGGAUCAUCAACGCAAUUGACGGUAUCAUGAACUACGCACAUAACUUUCCCUACUAUUGUAUUACUGCUGCGGUGAUGGUAAACAAGGAAACAAAUUUUGGCGUUGUAUUUAAUCCACCCCUGAACGCUUUGUAUACGGCGCGCCAUGGCGAAGGCGCUCGGCUCAAUAACGAACCGAUUCGGUCCAGCGGCCAGCAGGAAAUCCAGCAGGCACUAAUGCUUGAGGAGUACAGCUCUGGAACGAACGACAUCCGAAGCACAUCAGCCAUAGAGAAUGCCAAGCGGCUUUUUAACAAGUCACAAGGGUUGCGUUCCAUUGGUUCUUCGGGCAUGGCUAUGGCAAUGGUUGCUUCUGGAUUCGCAGAUGUCUUUUACUUUUUUGGCUUACACGUCUGGGAUAUGGUUGCUGGUAAUAUUCUGAUAACUGAGGCGGGCGGCACGGUAAUUGAUCCGGCUGGCGGUAUAGUUGAUAUUAUGUCACGUCGCGUCCUAACUGCGGCCACUAAGCCCCUUGCCUUAUUAGUGGCUGCCGAACUAGUGCAGGAAUAUCCUCUUCCAAGAGACGAUGAGACACCAGCUGCUCAGCCCAAAACAAAGGAUUUCAGUGCGCAGACAGAGUUUUCCGAUUCAAGUGAUGAAUUAGACUCGGAGGGUUCAAAGGCGACAGCAUUCCAUAGUGCUAAGUAAUUCAAAUUUCAAUACUCUAUUUCAAAAUUAAUGUAAUUAAGUAAAUUUGCGGAACGAUAAAA